AGCCCCACUGGGGCACAGCCGCCUAGAUCCUCCGCUUGGGCUAGGUCCUCUUGUUCUCGGGUCUCCCAGGCUCCGCCGUCUGGAUCUGCGGUUCGAACUCUGGCUGCCCCUGCCCGCUGCGGCAGCACUGCCCUGGGCCUGGCGCGCGCUUCGGGAGAGGCUCUGCGGGCUCCCGCGUGUGACGGGCGCGGGCACGCAGCAUGGCGGUGGAGGAAGAGGGGCUCCGGGUCUUCCAGAGCGUGAGGAUCAAGAUUGGUGAAGCCAAGAACCUCCCCUCCUACCCUGGGCCCAACAAGAUGCGGGACUGCUACUGCACAGUGAACCUGGACCAGGAGGAGGUCUUCAGGACCAAAAUUGUGGAAAAGUCACUCUGCCCCUUUUAUGGAGAAGACUUUUACUGUGAAAUUCCUCGAAGUUUCCGUCAUCUGUCAUUCUACAUUUUUGAUAGAGAUGUUUUCCGGAGGGAUUCCAUCAUAGGGAAGGUGGCCAUCCAGAAAGAGGACCUGCAGAAGUACCACAACAGGGACACCUGGUUCCAGCUGCAGCAUGUGGACGCUGACUCGGAAGUGCAGGGGAAGGUCCACCUGCAGCUGAGGCUGAGCGAGGUCAUCACGGACACAGGCGUUGUCUGCCACAAGCUCGCUGCACGCAUCCUCGAGUGCCAAGGCCUGCCCAUAGUGAACGGGCAGUGCGACCCCUAUGCCACCGUGACACUGGCCGGACCCUUCAGAUCAGAAGCCAAGAAGACGAAAGUGAGAAAGAAGACCAACAACCCCCAGUUUGACGAAGUGUUUUACUUUGAGGUCACCAGACCCUGCAGCUACAGCAAAAAAUCUCACUUUGAUUUUGAGGAGGAAGACGUGGACAAACUUGAAAUUCGCGUCGACCUCUGGAACGCCAGCAACCUCAAGUUUGGAGACGAGUUUCUGGGGGAACUGAGGAUCCCACUCAAAGUGCUGCGACAGUCCAGCCCCCAUGAGGCAUGGUACUUCCUCCAGCCUCGAGACAGUGGCAGCAAGAGCCUGAAGCCCGACGACCUGGGGUCACUGAGGCUGAACGUGGUCUACACGGAGGACCACGUCUUUUCUUCUGACUACUACAGGCCCCUGCGGGACUUACUGCUGAAGUCUGCCGACGUGGAGCCUGUGUCUGCGUCAGCGGCCCACAUCCUGGGCGAGGUGUGCAGAGAAAAGCAGGAGGCAGCCAUCCCGCUGGUACGGCUCCUGCUGCACUAUGGCCGGGUGGUGCCCUUCAUCAGUGCCAUCGCCAGCGCAGAGGUGAAGAGGACCCAGGAUCCCAACACCAUCUUCCGAGGAAACUCGUUGGCAUCCAAGUGCAUAGACGAGACCAUGAAGCUGGCGGGCAUGCACUACCUGCAUGUCACCCUGAAGCCCACCAUAGAGGAGAUAUGCCAGAGCCACAGGUGCUGUGAGAUAGACCCCGUGAAGCUGAGGGACGGCGAAAACCUCGAGAGCAACAGGGAGAGCCUGCGGCAUUAUGUGGACCGAGUCUUCACUGUCAUCACCAAGUCAGGGGUGAGCUGCCCCACCGUCAUGUGUGACAUCUUCUUCUCCCUGAGAGAGGCUGCCGCCAAGCGCUUCCAAGAUGACCUGGACGUGCGGUACACAGCCGUGAGCAGCUUCAUUUUCCUGAGGUUCUUUGCUCCUGCCAUCCUCUCCCCCAACCUCUUCCAGCUGACACCUCAUCACACGGACCCACAGACGUCAAGAACCCUGACACUUAUCUCAAAGACCAUCCAGACUCUCGGCAGCUUGUCCAAGUCCAAGUCUGGCAGUUUCAAGGAGGCGUACAUGGCGACCUUCUACGAGCUCUUCAACGAGCAGAAGUACGCAGAUGCGGUGAAGAACUUCUUGGAUUUGAUUUCAUCCUCUGGGAGAAGGGACCCCAAGAGUGUCGAGCAGCCCAUCCUGCUCAAGGAAGGGUUCAUGAUCAAGAGGGCGCAGGGGAGAAAACGCUUUGGGAUGAAGAACUUCAAGAAGAGGUGGUUUCGCCUGACCAACCACGAGUUCACCUACCAGAAGAGCAAAGGAGACCAGCCCCUCUGCAGCAUCCCUAUCGAGAACAUCCUGGCCGUGGAGAGGCUGGAGGAAGAGUCCUUCCGGAUGAAAAACCAUGUCCCUGGGACCCAGGACAGUUGCUGGCACUUAGUAAUGUUGGUGGAGAGAGAGGCAAAGGCGGUGGCCCUGAGAAGCCUCAUGAGGAAGAAGCCCCUGAGUGGAGCAGUCCCCUGUGGUCAGAUGUUCCAGGUCAUCCAGCCGGAGCGUGCGCUGUACAUCCAGGCCAGCAACUGCGUGGAGGCCAAGGACUGGAUCGACAUCCUCACCAAGGUCAGCCAGUGCAACCAGGCUCGCCUCACCGUCUUCCACCCGUCUGCCUACCUGAACGGCCACUGGCUGUGCUGCAGGGCCUCCUCCGACACUGCUGCCGGCUGCACCCCCUGCACUGGUGGCCUCCCAGCAAACAUCCAGCUGGACAUUGACGGGGACCGCGAGACGGAGCGCAUCUACUCCUUGUUCAACCUGUACAUGGGCAAGCUGGAGAAGAUGCAAGAGGCCUGUGGGAGCAAGUCUGUGUACGACGGCCCCGAGCAGGAGGAGUACUCCACGUUCCUCAUCGACGACCCCCAGGAGACCUACAAGACACUGAAGCAGGUCAUCGCAGGGGUGGGGGCCCUGGAACAGGAGCACGCGCAGUACAGGAGGGACAAGUUCAAGAAGACAAGAUACGGGAGUCAGGAGCACCCCAUUGGAGACAAGAGUUUCCAGAACUACAUCCGACAACAGUCCGAGAUCCCCACCCAUUCCAUUUGAAGUGUGUGCCGUGCUCUAGGGUGGCACCAACGUGCUGCACAAGGCCACCCACCGCCGAGCAGCAGAGGGAAGCAGGACCAGUCCUGGCUGCCAGGGCUCCGCACGUCUCCACUCAGAACUCUUAACUCCUGCUUGCCUCACCUGCCAGUGCCCAGUGGUCUGACUGGCCUCUGGAGUGUGGGGUCAUUGUCUUCUCAUUCCCUUUGUCCUGUGGAGGUGCAGGGGUCAGAUGAAUGGCCAGGAAGCAUGGACUGCCCAGUAGUCAUCCAGGCCCUCCUCUGGCCUGGCCCUGGCUCUUCUGCUGCACCCCUCCAGACGUGGACAGUGUCACUCCAUCCCUACAAGCCUACUGCCCCCCUGGCUGUGGCAGGGGCCUCCCUGUCUGUUUGUGGCUGGCAUCCCUGAGGGGCCUGGGCUUUGGGGGCCUGGGUCCCUUCUGCAGAGUCCAGGCAGGGAGAGGCAAGAUUCAGUCUCCUCUGGCUGACUGGCCAGCCCCAGUCCCAGCACAGCUGUCCCACUGUGAGUCAGUGUCCAGUCCCAGCACAGCCGUCCUACUCCGGGUUGGUGUCGGGAACCACAGUCCACUUGCCUGCCACCCCAUGGGGAGGUUGGGGGGAGAUUUUUGAAAAGUGCAUUUUUCAAGCCGUCUUUCUUAUUGUUUUUAAAGGAGUGUUUUUAAUUAGCUCUUUGAUGUAAGGUAACUCAGAACAUUGAAACCUUUACCUGCUCAAGAGGGCUCUGAGAGGCAGGUAGCCGGGAACUGUGUCUCCAGCUGCCAGAAGGUUCUCCCAGGGACUGCUGCGCCCCGUCUCAGGAGCCCAGGAGGAGAAGGGCAUGGCCGUGGCCAGAGCUGCUGUCUUGUGACAGGAGGGUUGGGGCAGGAGGGCAGACCUCUUCAGCUUGGUGGCACACUGGUGUUGCAGACCCUUGCUCUCCAGCACCCCUGGCCUGUGGCAGGGGGUCCUGGGGAAGCACUGAGGCACAUGUGGACUUCCUUGUCCAGGCUUUUCAUCUAGGGACAGAUAGUCACAUCAUUUCUUGUCACAGAAGUAGUGGAGGAAAGUGUAAAAAACCUCUGGACACAUGCUCUCAGGCUGCGAUUUUUAACAGGGAUUUGUAACAAUGUUUCUGUUUAUAAAAUACUAAUAAUUUGCAAUGUAUUUUACUGGCCAAUUAAAACAGAGGUUUUAUUCUUUCUGA